AUGUACAGCUAUCCUGGUGCUCCAGGGUACAGUGGCCCGCCGGGCUUUGCAGGCGCUCCGCCUGGUAUGGCACCGCCAGGAAUGGGACGACCGCCCAGUGCAGCUGCUCCUCCCGGUGUCGCUCCCCCAGGCGUCGCACUUGGUCAAGGACCUCCAGCUCUAGGCGGACCACGCGCUCUCCCACCGAACUGGCAACCUCCUGCGAACAUGCCCAACUUCAACUUCAACGCCCCCGUCAUUCGCUUAGGAACUCAAGGAGGUCGCACUGGAGCUGUAGACAGCCCUGGAGGAGGACGGAAAGACAAUGCAUCUAUGCCUGCGCGCCGCGGGCUGGGCAUGGAUAGAGAUGGCGAUCGACGAGACGGACCUCAGCAGGUUAUCCCGCCCAGUCGUGAAGAGAUUGCGCGGACUAUCUUCGUGGGCAAUAUCCCAGACGGUGUUGGAGGUGAUGAGGGUAUGGAACGCAUUCUGGAGACAGCUGGGAAACUAGUCCGUUGGACCAGAGCUACCGACGCCAACAAUAAACCUCAGACGUUUGGGUUCGCCGAGUUCGCAGAUGCGCAGAGUUUGGAGACAGCCGCCGACAUCUUCCAAGAUGUCCGCGUACCCACGAAGCGCCAGAAGCCCGGGCAGGAGAAAAAAGAGGAGGAUGAAGAAGUCGAAACAACCAAGUUGCAGGUCAUGGUCGAUGAUGCGUCAAUCAAAUAUGCGGAGGAAUGGAGCAAGACUCGAAACGAAGACGAGAACACGGUUCAAUUCCGACUCGACACUGCAAAGGAGGCCCUCUCUCUAGUUCUAGGAAGCUUCUUCAACCCGCCGAAUAUUCCAGUGAUGGAGUAUAGAGGGGACACAAUGAUGCAGGACGCGCCAGCGCAGGAUGGUGACGAUGUCGAGGUCGCCUUCGUGAACCUCACAACUGGUGAAGACGAGCUGGCAGACAUCCCAGCAGAAAUGCGCGAAAUAGUCUCGGCCGAAAUUGCUGCCUUCCGCGACCGUUCGAACCAACGCGACCGGGAACGACUUCGGAGGGAAGAAGAACUCGAGGCCGAAGAGCGUCGUCGUAGCGGCAGGCGCGUGUCCCCGCCGCCUUCAGCGCCAUCUGGACCUGGUGGUGCCAACGGAGUUCCACUAGGCCCGAGAGCAGAACGGGGAAUCCAAGGCGCACCCAGCGGACCUAAGGGGUCUCAAUUCCCACGCGAUUAUCAAGGAGGCGUCAACUUUGUUAAUGGAGGAGCGAUCAACAACGGUGUCUAUAUCAACCGCGAGGAUGACGAUGACUCUGCCAGUGACUCCGAAAUCGAGCGCCGCCGCAAGAAGAAGCGAGACGAGGAGCUUGACGACUCGUAUAAGAAGCAGCUUGCUCGAUGGCUCAAGCAUGAGAGCCGUACCGUCGCGGGCCUGGAACGUACUAGUGAUCGCGUGAAGAACGAGCAGGCUGAGAAGCAAGCAGCUCGCGAUGCGCAGGCCAAGCAGCUCAAAGACUUCGAUGACGACCAGGAGUCAUCUUUGAAGCGACAUCUCUACUACCGCGAUCAUGGCGAGUACAUGCGUGAACGUGAAAAGAUCCGCGAGCGCGAGGCCAAGGAAGAUGCUGUCGAUCGUUCCCAAGAGCAACGCGAAAUGGCGGCACAGCAGAAGCAAAGGGACCAAGCACGCGGCCAGGCCGAUGCCUUCCUCGAUCAGCAAGCCGAGGAGCUCAUGCGCUCACAAGAGCAGCGCGAGCCAUCACACUUCAAGAUCUCUCUCGGUGCCGCCGCAAAGAAACUCGAAACAGCUGCUGCACCCCGCCGCACAGCCGCCGACGUCGAAAAUCUACUCGAAGACGAAGAUAUUACCGAUCAGCCAGGCACCAAGAAGCGGACUCUCAUCCCCAUCAACUUCGACGCUGCGGUACGCGCUAAUCUCACACAAGAAGAAGUCGAGGAGGCGCAGCGACAACUUGCGCGCGAUAUUCCCAAUGACAAGGAGGGCUUGUGGAGGUGGCCUGUCUCGUGGGAGCACCUGCCCGAGAAGAACAUUGAAAAAGACAUCAAGGACUGGGCUGCCAAUAAAGUGCUUGAACUCAUGGGUCUGCAAGAGGAGAUGCUUGUCGAGGCCAUUGUAGAGCAUCUGAGGAAUCGGGGUGGGCCGCAGCCGCUGGUGGAGAACUUGGAAGUUGCACUCGAUGAAGAAGCAGAAUCUCUCGUUAAGAAGCUUUGGCGUAUGGUCAUCUAUUACAGCGAGACGGAAAAGAGGGGCAUCAAAUAA